AUGUUGCUGUUUGUCAUAUUUGCAUUCACGACUUGGAGUUUGGCUAACCACAAUCUUCUGACUUCUUCCGUAUGUUUGCCACAUACGGGUUCUAGAGUUGUGCAGGCCGAGAGCGCAAGGACAGUAAUCUACGAUUUUCUCAUCCAUCUUCCCGUCGUCUUCAAAAUGAGUAUUGCGUUUGACGAGUUUGGUCGUCCUCUUGUCAUUCUGAAAGAUCAAGAUUCUCAACGACGUUUGACCGGCUUGGAGGCUCAAAAGUCACACGUAUUGGCAGCUAAAGCAGUAGCGAAUACUCUCAAAUCGUCGCUAGGUCCAAACGGAUUAGACAAGAUUCUUGUGAGUGCUGAUGGAGAUAUUACUGUGACAAAUGAUGGUGCUACGAUCAUGGAUAAGAUGGAUUUGGAACAUCAAGUAGCAAAGCUGAUGGUGGAGCUAUCAAAGUCUCAAGAUGAUGAGAUCGGAGAUGGAACAACAGGCGUAGUAGUGUUGGCUGGUGCUCUAUUGGAGCAUGCAGAAGAGCUGCUAGAUCGUGGGAUUCAUCCUGUCAGGAUUGCAGAUGGAUAUGAAUAUGCAGCGAGAGUAGCAAUUGAGACACUGGAAAAAAUUGGCGAGGAUUAUCCAGUUGAUCCAGAGCAUCUAGAACCGCUAGUAGAAACAGCACUCACCACUCUUGGAUCAAAAGUGGUGAAUCGUUGUCAGAAUCAGUUGGCCAAGAUUGCUGUGGAAGCUGUGAUGUCUGUUGCUGACUUGGAACGUAAAGAUGUUGAUUUUGAGUUGAUUAAAGUGGAAAGCAAGGUAGGAGGCACUCUGGAAGACACGACACUGGUAAAGGGUGUUGUCAUUGAUAAAGACUUCUCACAUCCACAGAUGCCAAAGGUUAUUAAAGAUGCCAAGCUAGCGAUUCUCACAUGUGCAUUUGAGCCUCCCAAACCAAAAACAAAACACAAGUUAGAUGUCCAUUCGGCUGAAGAUUAUGACAAACUGUUUGAGUACGAACAGAAGAAAUUUAUGGAAAUGGUACAGCAAAUCAAGAACACUGGAGCAAACUUGGCAAUCUGUCAGUGGGGAUUUGAUGAUGAAGCCAAUCACUUGUUAUUACAAAAUCAACUGCCAGCAGUAAGAUGGGUUGGAGGACCAGAAAUAGAAUUGAUUGCUAUUGCCACUGGAGGUCGUAUUGUUCCACGUUUCUCAGAGCUGACAACUGAAAAAUUAGGAAUAGCUGGUGUUGUUAGAGAAAUAUCAUUUGGAACAACAAAAGAUCGCAUGCUAGUCAUAGAGGAAUGCCAGAACACAAAAGCAGUCACUAUUUUUAUUCGAGGAGGAAACAAGAUGAUGAUUGAAGAGGCAAAGAGAAGUAUUCACGAUGCUUUGUGUGUUGUGAGAAAUCUGGUGAAAGACAGUAGGAUCACGUUUGGAGGAGGAUCGUCUGAGAUUGCAUGUGCACUGGCAGUCAGUGACCAUGCUGAUAAGAUCUCAACUCUUGAACAAUAUGCAAUGAGAGCAUUUGCAGAUGCCUUGGAGUCCAUCCCAAUGGCACUUGCUGAGAAUUCUGGAUUGAAUCCAAUUAAAACACUAGCAGAUGUGAAGUCUCGUCAAAUAUCUGAAAAGAACCCUCGUCUUGGCAUCGAUUGCCUUAGCAAGGGAACGAAUGACAUGAAGGAGCAACAAGUGUUUGAGCCUCUCAUUAGCAAGAAACAACAAAUCAGUUUGGCAACCCAAGUUGUGAAAAUGAUACUGAAAAUAGAUGACAUCAGAUCACAACAAGACUGACCUCAUAGCUGCUAAAUAUAG